AUGCGCCAAACGCCCUCGUCGCAAAAUGGCCCUCUUACCUCUCUCGUACGCGCCACGGCCGCACUCUCAAUCAACUCGCCACAAAAACCACCACCCAGCACGCCACGAGCCUUCAGCACCACCUCUCCCACCCUCGCGCGCGUGGCCCCCAAGCAGGCGCAAGGCAAAGCCAAGAAGGGGGCACCUCUCGACGCGGCGGCGCGCAAGAAGCGCCGGGCGCAGAUGGCAGCCAAGCUGGACCCCAAGGUGGCGGACCUGAUGAAGUUCAUCUACGCGGGCUCGCAGCUGCCGCCGCCGCUGCGGAUGGCGCGCAACCGGUGGCUGCGGCACUGGACGAUCCACCGCGCCUGGCAGCUGUUCCAGCGCAAGGAGCAGGAGCGGAGGGAGGGCGAGAUGCUGCGCCUGCAGCAGAGCAUGGAGCACGCCUGCGAGGUGCUGAGGAACAUGGGCGGCCCCGGCACGAGGCCCGAGGGCUGGCUGUACCGGAAGGCGAUGGAGAAGUUCGGCGUUUGGGGCAAGGGCGCCGUGCCGAUCGAGUACGCCCGGCCGCUUGUGGAGACUCCGGCGGACAAGCCGUGGAACCAUGAGUGGAAGAGGGUGUGA